AUAUGCACACAAUGAAUGUGUUUAUAUCUAAAAUCGGCUGUCGUACAAAGAGCGACGGUUUUCACUUCCAGGUACAAGCUGAAAAUGAGCAAAAAAUUGUGUUUAUCUCUUUGCAUCUUCCUACUUGCAAACCACUUUGACUUGCAAACCGUGCAUGGUUACACUUUGAUGCAACACCUUGCACAACAAGCAAACGCCCUACAAUACGGGUUGAAUGUGGCAGCCAAAUAUAACCACAGAUAUGGAGGAUCGAGUACUAAAGUGGCUUUCUCGGCAAGAACAAGUGGAAACUAUGGCUAUUCCAGCGGACGUGCGAUUAAAUUUCACUACGUUUACACAAACCAGGGACUGGCUUUUAAAAAUGGACAGUAUUUCAGUGCACCACAUUCUGGAACGUACGUCUUCAACUGGACCAUACGAUCCUACUCAACCAGCUCAACAGGGCGGACGAGCAUACGAGUCAACAACUACAUCAGACAGCAGAGUAAUUGUUAUAGCAAGAAAUACGAUUCCUGUACCAACACGGCCGUUCUUACACUCAACAAGGGGGCUACAGUGGGAAUAUACUCCGACAGUUCCAACGUAUAUGUUGCAUCUGUGUACUCCUCAUUUUCUGGUUGGGAAUUGUAAACGAAUACAAAUCCAUGAGAAUGAAAAAUAAAAGUUUGAAAAAUGA